CUCAGGCUGUGGCAGUUGGUGUCGGCCGUCAUGUUCACGGUUGUUGCCGUCAUGGCGCUGCUCUUCCCAGAGCAACUGUACAACAUUGUGUUUGACGAGGACACAGCCAACAGCAGAACCUCUGUCAGGCUGUAUGGAGGAGCUCUGCUCAGCAUCUCGCUGAUCAUGUGGAACGCUUUAUACACUGCGGAGAAGAUCAUCAUCCGAUGGACCCUGCUGAUGGAGGCGGCUUACUGUGCAGUGCAGUUUCUAGUGAGCACAUUGCCGCUGUUUGAGACGGGAGUGCUGUCCCAGGGAGCCACCAUGCUGCUCUCCAGCCGAGGCCUCUUCAUUCUCGUCAGCCUGCAUUUCUAUUACCAGGUCGGGAGAAAGCCAAAGAAGGCGUGAGCGGCCUGCUGAGCUCACACGGCAGCUUCUAGUGUUCUGUCUGGAGCCCGCGGGUGGAGGUGGGGGUGGGUAGAUGCGGGAGGGGGUUGGGUAGGGAACUGUGACUCUGGAGCUGAGUUCCAUGCGCCCGUGUGCUGGUGUCUUGACAGCGGCCGUCACUGUGUCUCACAACCGCGGCUUCACUUGCUCCCAGCUUUACCUCAACAUCAAUAAACCUGCAACAC